AUGGACCACCUAAGGUAUAGAAUAGCACAUGGGUAUAAACACACACACACAAACACUUCAUCUGUAUACCACCGUGCGUAUGUUCACAUACUCAUUUAUCACUUUGAGUUCUUUUUGCUCAGAAAGCAUCGGUACAAUGUCUCUUCUGAUGUGUUUGUGAAGUUUAGAGAUAACCAAGGAAACUUUACAAGUAAUGAUGUCAAAUGUCUGUUGGCGCUGUAUGACGCUGCACAUCUCAGAACUUGCAGUGAAGAGAUUCUUGACAAUGCCAUGGCUUUCACCAAGAGCCACCUUCAGUCUAUGAUUAAAACUUUAGACCCAGAGCUGGCAGCAGAGGUGGAAUACACAUUGGAAACACCCAGUUACAGGAGGGUCGAAAGAGUGGAAGCAAGACACUAUAUAACUUGGUAUGAGAAAAAGGUUACACGAAAUGACACCAUACUGGAAUUUGCAAAGCUGGACUAUAACAUUCUGCAACCUCUGUAUUGUGAGGAGUUGAAAGCUCUUACAGUAUGGUGGAAAGAUCUCCAGUCACAAGCGUAUGCGAGAUUUGCUCGGGAUAGAGUGGUGGAGAUGCAUUUUUGGAUGGUUGGAGUUGUUUAUGAGCCUCACCAAUCGCAUGCCCGGAUAAUGUUGGUAAAAUGGUCUAAACUUUUAUCGUUGAUGGACGACUUUUGUGACAACUAUAGCACAACUGAAGAAUAUGAUAUAUUCGUUUCUUCUCUGGAAAGGUGGGAUAAACAAUCCGCUGAGAAAUUGCCUGCAUACAUGAAGGCAUUAUUCAUCUUCAUACUCAACACUAUAAGUGAUAUCAUGGAAGAGUUAAAACUUCAGAAGAACAAGCAUGUUGAAUUUGUAAAGGGACUGUUUAUUGACAUGGCCAAACAUUACGGUGCUGAAAGAAAAUGGUGCGAUGAGCGCUAUGUACCAGCAAAAGUUAAAGAGCACCUACAAAUUUCAGUGGGCAACAGUGCUUGUAUGCAUAUAGUGAACAUAACUUUCAUUUUAAUGGGAGACAUAACUACCAGGGUGGCCAUUGAAUGGGCUCUCUCCUAUCCAGAAAUGAUAAGAGCUGUUUGUAUCGUUGGGCGCAUUAGCAAUGACAUCAUGUCACAUGAGCGAGAACAAGUGUCAAAGUAUGUGGCAUCCACGGUGCAAACUUGCAUGGAGUACGGGAUCACGGUAGAGGAGGCCAAUGAAAAGCUUCGAGAACUAAUUGAUGAAGCAUGGAUGGAAAUUGUUCAGGGAUGCCUAGACAAGACUCAACCCAUGGAGCUUUUGGAGAAGGCAGUCAACGUUGCACGAGUAAUGGAUAACAUGUACAAGUGUGAUGAUGCGUAUACCUACCCAUACAGUGUCAAAGACACCAUAACUUCAAUGUACGUGAACUCCGUGUGAAUCUGUUGAAGAUCCAGCACCAAAUAGGGCUAUAUUUCAGCAGGAUGCAUGCAUGUAUGUAUGUAUGUUGCAAAUACAUAAGUCACGUGUUAAACUUUGCCUCAUUGAUUCUCAAAUAAUAUAUGAGAAGAUGGUGUGGAAGAACAUACUGUCAUAAAUAAAUUUCCAUAUUCUAAAAAUA